ACCAACAUCUGUACACUUGGCUCUCACAGCAACAGCAACAAGAAUGGUCGUAGCAGAUCUGACAAAGGAGUUAUGUCUUGCAGAUCCAGUCAUUGUAUCAUCAAACCCAGAUCGUCCAAACAUAUUCAUUGAGGUAUGUCGUGGCCUUCCAAAUGUGAACAAAAUGGACAAACUGGAUGCUGCAUUGGAGCCGAUUGCCAGGGAACUGAGGGGAAAGUUACUAUCCUUUCCAGUUACUGUUGUGUACGUAAAUGACCUUGCUUCGUUGGGUUACUGCUAUCAGUACAUUGAAGAUGAACUUCAAGACAACGCAUACCACCCAAAGACUGAGAAGAUUCCAGAAAAUCGAAUUUUUGGACAAUUUCAUAUGGACUAUACAUUAAGAAUGAAAGCUCACAUUGUUGAUGAACUAAGAAAAUCUAACCGAAAGAUUCGCCUUGUGUUUGCUACAGUUGCUUUGGGAAUGGGGCUAAAUUCCCCUUGUAUUAGUUCAGUGAUACAUUUCCGACCUCCUACAACACUGGAAAAAUAUUUCCAGGAGAUAGAGCCAUUCUAG